UCUGCACGUCUGCCAUUUGAUGGUUGUUCUGGUUGCAGUUUGUGGAGGCACCAGAGGGUCUGAACCUUGCCUCCCAUCAUGACCUUUGGUCUUCACUGAAGCUGAACAGGGAGACAGGUUAACUUCAUCUUUAAAAAUCAAUCAGACAGUGACCAGAAGGAGCCACAACAGCAAAGACCACUCCGGGGGCUUGCGUGGAACUCUCCCCUGGAUUUUUGAGGAGCAUUGUGUUGUCUGAAAUCAUAGUUGGCCAUGUCUCCCCCUGUAACCUCAGAUCUUGCCUACAUCCCUCCCGAUGGCGGAUGGGGAUGGGCAGUGGUAUUUGGAGCUUCCAUCACUGUUGGAUUUUCAUACUCCUUCCCAAAAGCUUUCACCAUCUAUUUCAAAGAACUUCAGGCUGCGUAUAAGGUAUCCUACAGCCAGAUCGCAUGGAUAACUUCCAUCAUGUGUGCUGCUACCUAUGGAGGGGGCCCUAUUAGCAGCAUUUUAGUGAAUCGUUUUGGCAGCCGGCCGGUGGUUAUAUUCGGAGGUCUGCUGUGUGGAAUAGGGAUGGUUUCAGCGUCGUUCUGCACCAGCAUUGUGCAGCUCUACAUCUGUGUGGGACUCAUCUCAGGAUUCGGCCUUGCUCUCAACCUCCAGCCCUCAGUGAUAAUCAUUGGGAAAUACUUUCUAAAGAGAAGACCAAUUGCCAACGGCCUUGCCAUGGCAGGAAGCCCUGUCAUGCUUUGUACCCUCGCCCCUUUGAACCAGUUCCUUUUUGACAAUUUUGGGUGGAGGGGCAGCUUUUUAAUCCUUGGGGCGAUUUUACUGAACUGCUGCGUGGCAGGGGCUCUCUUCAGGCCCAUUGGCCCAGCAACUGGCCCCAUUCAAAAAGAAGCCAACAAGGAAGUAAAGGAGACUGCCAAAGCUGUUGGCUUUUUGGCUGCAACAGAAGAGGAGGAAGACAAAGAGCGCUGUGCAAAAUUUAACCAAUACCUGGAUUGUUCCCUCUUCAAGCACAGAGGGUUCCUGAUAUACCUGGUUGGAAACGUCCUCAUGUUUCUGGGGUUUUUUGCCCCGAUUGUGUUUUUGGCACCAUAUGCCAAGCACAUUGGCAUUGAUGAAUACUCAGCAGCCUUCCUCCUCUCUAUUCUUGCUAUAGUCGAUAUGAUUGCCAGGCCCGCAACUGGCCUCAUUGCAAACAGUAAAUGGGUGAGACCAAAGAUCCAGUAUUUUUUCAGCUUUUCCAUUGCUUUUAAUGGUGCCUGCCACCUUUUGUGCCCCUUAGCGUCGGACUAUGCAGGGCUUGUCAUAUACUCAAUCUUUUUUGGCUUGGCAUUUGGUAUGGUUUGUGCCAUGCUCUUUGAAACGCUCAUGGACCUUGUUGGAGCCGUGCGGUUCACAAGCGCCGUUGGACUUGUAACUAUUGCCGAGUGUUGCACUAUACUACUAGGACCACCAAUUGGAGGAACACUUAUAGAUACCUUUGGGGAUUACAAAUACAUGUUCAUUAAAUGUGGAGCCGUGAUGGUCGUGGCAGGAACGUUUCUGUUCAUCAUGAAUUACUACAAUUACCGCAUGCUUGCGAAAGAGGAGAAGGCAGUGGGCACGAAGGAUCCUGAGCAUGGAAGGACAGUAAAUGAAGGGAGCAAUAACUGGGACAGCGAAAAGAUGCAGGACGGCCAGGAGCUGGAACCGUUGACAGAUGAACAAGGACUAAAGAAGGAAGUUAAUGGCCUGAGUGAAGCGUAAGCCUGUUGCAACAGGUUGAAUGGGGAAUUGGGGUUUGGGAGGGAGUGGGAGGGGUUCAUUUCUUCAAUUGACUGUUAACAGUGAAAUCAUUUUAGGCGUCUCAGGCCUUGCAAACCUAGCACUGCCCACUUACUCCCGCUUCGGGCAUGCAUUCAGUUGGCCUUUAGGUAAAACAGGCAACUUAAAGGGGUCCUGAGAACACACCCCAGGAGGGCUGUGCCAUGGCCUCUGAGCCAUUUAGUCUCCCUACUCGCCAUCCUUGGAUGUGUGAGGGGCAGGGGCUUCUUCCAAGCAGCAGUCCUGGGCUGUGCAGGGAGGCAGUCUAGCCGUAGCCUAACUCUGCCUUUGUCCUUUGCACCAGCAUUUGAUAAGACCCCGGAUUUGUUUUUCUAGUCUUCUCCUAGACAAAGCAGAGCAAAG